GGGGGAAUCCGGUUUAGCGAUAAAAAGAACAAAUAAAUACUCGUUGACUGUGUGCUCUAAGUAAAUAUUCCCACUCCGUUCAGAGGAGAAGGGAAGGAGAUCAGCUGGUAGAAAUUUCCUUCUUUGUAGUAAGGUUUAUAUUUCAUCCACGUGUACUUGGUUAUUGAUUAAGGAAUAACGGAAUAGCCAUGGGAAGCCCCAGACCAAAGCUGCGUAUCAUCACAUACAUGUGCCCUAGUCAUCCAGUGGAGCUGUAUGAGCUGAUUUUGCAGUAUCUAGAGGAAGAAGUUGGGUUUGAGGCUUCACUUCUGUAUGAGUCUAGAGGCUCAGGACCACUCCCUGACAGAGUAGAUCCAUUCACGGAUGACGCAGUCGAUAUAGGUUUUAUGUCUACAUCAGCUUAUGUUAAGCUACUUGACAUGCAGAACAAAUACGUUGCAUUGCUACCAGUCACAGCUGUAUUUGAUCACCCCAAGAACACCGAAGGAGUCAAGGGUUAUUAUUCUGAUGUUAUUAUUCAUGUGGAUGGACGAAAACAUGUGAAGGAGUUCUUGGAUCUCCGUGGCUGUAGGUGGGCAUACAGUGAUGAGGGAUCACUGAGUGCAAGCACAGUGAUCCUGAAAACUCUUAAAGAACUGGGUGAAAAUGCUUCAUUCUUUGGCAACACCUUGAGAUCAGGAUCACACCUGAAUUCUAUCCAGAUGGUUCUCACAAAGCAAGCUGAGGCUGCAGCAAUAGAUGCAAAUGCCCUUGCCUGGAAUAAAAAGUACCUGCAAGAUGAAGGAAAGGACAUACAAGUGCUGCACAGUAUUGGACCACUUCCACCAUAUCCUGUUGUUGUCAAUAACCGAAUGGAUAGAUCCACAAAGGAAAAUAUUCUCCAAGCACUACUAAAAAUGCCAGGGACCAGACUGUGGGGAAGCCGGCUGAAGAAAUUUGGAAUAAUGAAAUUUGUUCCUAACAGUCCAGACGAUUAUCAGGAAGAAAGGCAGAUACAUGAGGCAGUAAAAGAUAUGUCACUGGGCAUGCGCUACUACUAAAUAACCUAUGGGCAUAUAACUUUAUACAAUUCUUGAAAAUGGCAGUAACUUAACACAAUGCAUUCAUUAGAAUAGUCAAUUUUGCUAACACCGUAAUGUUUGAAAUAUUAAUGUAUUUUUGACUUAAAUGAUAUAUUAAUUAUAAACUCUAUUUCAAACUACACAUUCAAAUUUGCUAAGAAUGAAAACUUUUAAUAAUGUA